CAGUCUGCAAGCACUAGAACACAGCCUGAGCUCGAAAGCAUAUUCCCAACAUGCCCACCUGUAACCCCUAUCCUUUGUUCAGGGGUGUAUACGUGUGAAUGGCAGCGACACCGUUGAGAUGUAAACGGUAGCAGAGAAGGCGUAAAACCUGUCUGGAACAAAUCAUUUGAGCUCUGAGGCAGAAGAGGAAAAGGCGACAUGCAGAGAAGUGGAUGCUGCUCCAGUCUACAGUUAAGGGGCUGGCACUGAGAACGCGACCCUCCCCGAGGAUUGGAUGGCACCGACCGGAUGCUGUGUACGAAAUCCAUGAGCUGUCACUCCAACUCUGGUGCUCUUAUGUGCACCAAACACUGUCCUUCCCAAGGAAAAGCACUUGAUGGACCGCUCCGUUCCUCCCAGCUGAAACAUCAAGCCCCAGCAGCAUGAUCAGUACAUUCAUCAUAAUCACAGAACCACAGGAUUAGAUUGUGAUCAUCACUUAAUUCUGUAGUGACAUGACCCAGUUCUGACCCUGGAGAUGCCGAAGAGACGAGACAUCGUCGCCUUUGUGUUGAUCGUGUUGCCUUGGACACUUCUCAUCACAGUUUGGCACCAGAACAAUGUCACUCCUCUGCUUGCUACUCGGAAAGAUGACAGAAGACUUGGUCGCUCCAACUCCAGGAAUACUUUUGCUUUAAAGGAGUCGUGUUCACAUCAGAACCAUGACAUUGUGGAGGUGGAGCGCACUGAGUAUGUUUACAGCCGGCCUCCGCCAUGGUCCGACAUCCUGCCAACUAUCCACGUCAUCACUCCCACCUACAGCCGCUCGGUGCAGAAGGCCGAGCUGACGCGUCUGGCCAACACUUUGCUGCACGUCCCUAACCUGCAUUGGAUCCUGGUGGAGGAUUCUCAGAGGAGGACCACUCUAGUCAGCAAUCUCCUCCAAGAGACUGGACUCAACUAUACACACCUUAAUGUUGAGACACCGAGAAACUAUAAGGUACGAGGGGACACUAAGGACCCCAGAAUACCUCGGGGGACCAUACAGAGAAACCUGGCCGUGCGCUGGCUCAGGGAGACCUUCAGCGAAAACAGCAGUCAGACCGGAGUUGUGUACUUCGCAGACGACGACAACACCUACAGCCUGGAGCUGUUUGAGGAGAUGCGUUCUACCAAAAAGGUGUCGGUGUGGCCCGUGGCCUUUGUUGGUGGCUUGAGAUACGAGUCUCCUAAAGUAAACACCCUGGGCAAGGUGUAUGGCUGGAAGACGGUAUUCGACCCACACCGACCCUUCGCCAUCGACAUGGCUGGGUUUGCAGUGAACCUGCGCCUCAUUCUGUCCAAACCUCAGGCUUUUUUUAAGUUACGAGGGGUGAAAGGAGGUUAUCAGGAGAGCAGUUUAUUAAAAGAGCUGGUUACUCUCAGCGAUUUGGAGCCUAAAGCUGCAAACUGCACUAAGGUAUUAGUCUGGCACACACGGACAGAGAAGCCUGUGCUGGUAAAUGAGGGCAAGAAGGGAUUUACAGACUCUAAUGUGGAGAUAUGACAUACUUCACAUCACACAGGGGCAUUUGGAUUUAAACCAAGUAGCUAGGGUUGAAGAUAUUAUCAAAGCAUAGUAGCUGUACUUCAGCAAUGAAUGCAUACCUGUCCAUCCAAGGAGGCAGUACAAGCAACGAGCUUACACGGACUACAGUAAGCACAACUGCACAAAAUAAGCCGUCUGCUCAGAGCACUGGAUGACGAGAGACACUAGAAGGAACCGCCAAAAGAAGCUUGGCCACAGAGUUCUCAUUUGAGAGCUAAAACAAAGGACAUCACAUGAUUGAAACUGCAGGAAGGGAUGGCACGACAAGCAAUAAAGAGCCCUCUGAGUGCAAACAACACCAGCCGAGCCUCCAAUCAGCGUUAAAUAGGGACCUUUUGUUCUGAAGCGAGCUGGCUGUCUGGCACAGGGCUGCGAAGCGUAAUACAAAGGGCACUUGUAUAAAGUGAGUCAGCACUGACUGACAGACUGCACUGAGGGGAUCUGAGCCCUCCCCACUCGUACUGUACAACACUAAGCUAUUUCCAUAGCACCCUGAAACCAACACUAAUUAGGAGACCUGUUACACCACACCACAUAUUUGUUUUGGCUCAGCUGUCACACAAACACAUGCACUUGAGAACACGGAGCAAUUCUUUAUUAGCCUGAAAAACUGAAAUGUUGACUUCAAUUAAAUGUAUUAUGUCAUCAAAUUUCACAUGCAUCUGCAUUAGGUUAGUUGAAAGCAGUAAUAUUAAGUUGAACCUAAUAUUUAUUUAAACUUAAAAUGAAUGCUUUUAACUAACCUCAUACAAUUAUGUGAAAUCUGUUGACAUAAUACAUUUAAUUAAAGUCAACGUUUUUGUUUUUUCAGUGUACUAUGUCUUCUCUUACAGUCAUUUACUUAAGAUUCAUUUAUUUAUGAUAAGCUGUGAAACUGAGGUCUACUUAUGUAUAAGAGAAGAUGUCAUAUCCCUAUGGGCCAGCCCACUUUACAGACAUCUUCAUCAGCUCAUUAAGGUCCGACUGAUUGGACAGAAGGAUUCUCAGAAUAGUUAUUUAUUGUUCGAUUGUAACUGGUACCAGUCACAUAUUAGUCGUGAGUUAUGCAUGUGCGAGUCCAUGGAAUAUGAAGCCAUUAUUCUGAACACUGGACAUGCAUCCUUUCAAAUUGCCACAUUACACAAUCACAAUUAUUCCCACCAUCAAUGGCUGACUGAUGGGGUGAUUCGGGAUGAUUUCAUACCCUAUUGACUUGCACUGGCACUACUUACGAACGUUAUCUAGACUCUGUAACUGUUAAGAGUCUGGUCAGUUCUUCAUCUGUCAGGCAUUCAAAGACAAUGUUCACUCAAUGAUAAAUGAGUUAUGUUGCUACAAAACAACUUGUGUUUCAUAUUAAAGGUGUUCAC